AUGUCCAUCUUUCCCUACGCCUACCGCAUGAUUGAGUCGUUCAACAUCACCCAAAAUGAGUCGCAGAUAUCGGUCUACGCCGGCAUGCUCAUCACCGCGUUUGCCUUUGCCGAGUUCUCGACCGGCAUGAUCUGGGGCCGGAUUAGUGACCGCGUAGGCCGCAAGCCGGUCUUGAUAAUGGGCCUCGUCGGCACGGCCUUGAGCAUGAUCUGCUUUGGCUUUGCCCGCACGCUGCCGGGCGCCAUCAUGGCCAGGGCCCUGGGCGGCCUGCUCAAUGGGAACGUCGGAGUGCUCCAGACGACCGUGGCCGAGCUGGUGACCAAGAAGGAGCACCAGCCCCGUGCGUAUUCCGUCAUGCCUGUGAUUUGGAGCAUCGGCUCGAUCAUCGGGCCCUCCAUCGGCGGAACUCUGGCCAUGCCGUGUGACAACCUGGGGUUCCGCCGAGGCGGCAUUUUCGACAAGUACCCGUUCUUGCUGCCGAACCUGUUCUGUGUCACGAUCCUCGUGGUCGGCAUCACCGUCGGCAUCCUGUUUCUCGAGGAAACACAUGCCGAGAAGAAGAACGACGUGGACUUUGGACGUGAGUUGGCCAAAAUGCUUCUGCGAAGCACAACCCGCCGGCGGACGACCAAGACGCAGGAGAAGGGCACCACCGGAAAACCGGCCCUCGCCCUCGCCCUCGCCGUGGAGGAGCCCACGGAUCUGCUGUUCGACGACAACGACCCGCCUCCAGGGUACCGUAGUAUGGAAAGUUCUCCGCUCCUCCGCUCGACGUCGACCAAGGAGAUGGACGCCGAGAUGCUGCGCGAGAAGGAACCACGCGGCGUCGUCAAGACGUUCACUAGGCAGAUCAUCCUGAUCAUCAUUGCAUAUGCAUUCCUUGCUUAUCACAGCGUCUCGUUCGACGCCCUGAUGCCCACGUUCCUCAGCGAGGAGCGCAUGCAGUCCAAGCCCGUGCUGCCGUUCAAAUUCUCGGGCGGAUUCGGCCUCAGCACCCGCGCCAUCGGCUUCAUGAUGGCCGUGCAGGGCGCGUACUCGAUCUUCGCCCAGUUCUUCAUCUUCCCCUUCAUGGCCAAGCGGCUGGGCACGCUGUACUCGUCGCGCGUGGUCCUGACGGUCUGGCCGAUUCUGUACUUUGCCGUGCCCUACCUCGUGCUCCUGCCGGAGCGGCUGCAGAAGCCCGGCAUCUACCUGAGCCUGGUCAUCAAGAUCACGUUCCAGGCCGUGUCGUUCCCGUCCAACGCCAUCCUGCUGGCCAACGCCGUGCACUCCAAGUCGGUGCUGGGCACGGUCAACGGGUUCGCCGCCUCGAUGGCGUGCCUGGCCCGGGCGUGCGGGCCCGUCGUCACCGGCUCCAUCCAUUCAGCCGGCCUGAAACUCGGGUGCAACGGUCUGGCCUGGUGGGCGUGCGGCCUGGUCUGCGCGGCCGGCGCGCUCGAGAGCUACUGGAUGGAGGAUCCCGAUUCGCGGCCGGACCGCCCGGCCGGCGAGGGCGACGAACGGACGUGCGAACCGCUGCUCCAUCCGUCGGUGGUCGAGCCGAGCGAUGAACUGCUGUCGCCGCGCACCGAGCGCAUGAGUUUCAUGGACGACCUGGAUCUGACCGAGAGGACGCCGGAGAAGGUAUGA